CGUUCAUAAUGCAGGAAUGCCCACAUGCAGGAACGCCCCGAAUCCCGGGACGCAAUCACACACUAUUUGGACAGACUGUCCUAAAUACAUUUGGGGCAGACUCAGAAGUGGCAUAAUGCUGAUGAAAUAACUAAGGGAGCUUUACGGAUCCAUUAUAACAUGGUCUGCUGGGAUGGCUUCUAAGCUCAUGGACAGACUGCGACGGACACUGUUCAAAGAAGGAGAAGUAGUCUCUAAGGAGCCAAUUGAUGUAACAGAGGAAAGUUUCCCAGAGAGUUCUGAGUUAGUGGACGAUACAGAGUGUCUCUCAGAGCGGCUUGGGGGAACACUCUGCUUCGAUGGGGAGAGCGCCCUGGAAUCCGAAGACCCAGGUGAGGCCUCAGGACCAGACAGUGACUCAGACUACCUCGGAGAGUCCAUAGAGGAUGGAUUCAGCAGCACAGACACCAGCCCAGUGGGCCCGUCUCCUGGAGGCUCAUCCCUGCUCACACGUCAGCUGCAGGAUAGCUGGAGGAGCUUAAGAUUCCACAGUGUUCCUCAGAAGCUGGUGUUUGAAGUGACUGAUGCCAGUGUGGUGCAAGAGAGCUCUUCCAAGUAUGUGCUCUACACCAUCCAUUUGAUCCAGUCUGGGAUGUUUGACGAAACCCCCGCCGCCAUCACCCGGCGAUACACAGACUUUAAGCGCCUGCACAGCUGCCUUCGCCGCCGUCACAGGGACAACAUGGAGCGCGUUGGUUUCCCCCGCAAGAAGCUGCGUAAGAACUUUGUUGCUGAGACCAUCGCCAAGCGGAGCCGGGCGUUUGAGCAGUACCUGACCCACAUGCACUCGCUGGCUGAGCUGCGGCGCUCACCCACCUUCCUGGAGUUCUUCUACCUGGGUGACCUGCAGGCUGGCCAGAUGCUGAUGCGUGUGGGCCGUUACCAGGAGGCCUUGGGCCCUCUGCUCAAUGGCCUGAGGCUCCAGGAGAAGCUAGGCUGUGAGGAGCAGGGAAAGCAGCAGCCCCAUCACCAGCAGGGCACCCACUGGCUCUUCACCCUGUUGGCCCUGGUGACCUGCUUCCAGGAGCUGGAGCAGCUGGGGGAGGCCCAGGAGCACUGUGACCGAGCCCUGAGGGACCUGGCCCCCUCACCGGAGGCCCUGCAGCAGCACCACUUUCACCCACUGCUCAUUCCUCUUCUCCAGACCAACGUCAGACUGUCAUGGAAGAUCUCUAAGGAUAAGCGGCAGUGGGAAGUGCUGCUUCAGGAGAUCCAGGACUCUGGGGCUGAUACAGGGAACCAACCCAGCCUGAAGGAGUACCUGAUAAAGGAGACCCUGGUGGAGAGCGAGGGAGACACUAAGGCCAAGCUCAAACGGGAAAAGGCCACUUAACCCAAAGAUGAUGGUGCUCAUAGUUAUGAGGAAAGCAUUUCAUGUAACCUGGUAAUGAGGGGUUUGGUCUCUAGUCUCUUGACAUGCAUUUCCCACAGCACUCAGUCUAAACUGUUAGACAUUCUGAAUGAAUACACUCUACCAAGUCAUGCACAAAUAGCAGAAAACAAUGUCAUGUUAUAAUUGUCUAUAAAGUUCAAAUUAUUUGCUUGA